AUGGGAGAUGAGCCAAAGUUUAGUGAGAAAUGGGAUUUUCGAAGGAAAGAGAACAACUUUGAUGAUUCUUCAAGUGAUGAUCCAGAUUCAAACUCGACCCGGAACCCUAUCAUCCCUAAACCAAAUCUUGUUCUUGAUUCGAAUCAGCUCGAAAAUGGAUCAAAAAUAGUGACAAGAAAACAACCUGCGAAAACCCGGGCGAGGAGAAGCAAGAAAGAUGAGAGCAAACCUGAGAAAGCUAAGCAACAAAGAGGAAGGAAACCAAAACCUGUUUGUGAAGAGGAGAAUAAGAAGAAAGAAGAAACGGUAAUGCCGACGGAUGAUGUUGGAAUGUUUAUGAAAACGUUGAUUGAUGAUCUUACGGCUUCUAGAGAGAGUUUAAUGGAUUGGAUGAAGACUGAAUUGUAUGGACCCAAUCAAAAUGUUGCGUCUCAGCCACCUGUAAAGAAGAGAGCGGUUGACGCGAGCAAACUUGACGAUAUCAGUCAAGAGAUGAAUAAACCUAAAGAGAUAGCGGAAAACAGUGGAUAUCAAGUUCCAGAACUUGAUUGUACUACCAGACCAUUGGAUAGCUAUCUCAAGAGCUGUCAAGAUAUGAGCAAAUCUAAAGGGAUUGCGCAAAAUGGUGGAGAUUACGUUCAAGAACUUGAGUGCAGUGCAGGACCGUUGGACAGCUAUCUGAGGAGCAGUCAAGAGUUGAACAAACCUAAAGAGAUUGCGCAAAAUGGUGGAGAUCAAGUUCAAGAACUUGAUUGUAAUGCUGGACCGUUGAAUAGAUUUCUUAAGAGCGGUCAAGACGGUUUAGGAAGAAACUACUUUCAGCAACAACAAGAAGGUCAAGAAGGGAUUGUUGCGCAAACCGAGAUGGAGAAUGAGAAGAACGAGACAGUGAUGAAUCAGAAGAGCAUUGUUUUGGCCAUCAAAGCUCCAAAUUUGAGCGAGAGACAAAAGAAGACGAGAGAAGCUAACACCAUCAAGAACAGAUCAUCAAUGGUGGAGAGAACAGAAUCCGAAACGCAUAAAGAUCAUAACUUCGCGAUACCCUAUGUGCCAAAACUGUCUUCACUGCCGUCGUUGCAGAGUUUCCCAGUCGCUCCUUCGUUGUUUCCUUCUUCAAGCCAAGGGAUUAUGUCUUUUGCAAGUAACAACAACUUUCAACUGAGACAACCAUCAGUCGUAUCUCAGAUUUCUGAUCUUUCUGAAUUCCAGACAGGAUUUACAGGAGGACAAGGAUUUGGGAAUUCUAUGUUUAACAACAACGGUUACUUAUCUGGUUUUCCGCCAGCUUUCCAGCCUAAUCCGAUCGCUGGCAGUUAUAAUUUUCCGGCACAAGUGAAUCCUGCAACGUCUUUGCAGCAGAGAGGCAAUAACAAUAUGUUUGGAGGUCUGAGAGUGGGUGGUGGAGCCAUAAGAUUUUCGGAUGGAAGGUUUCCCGAAUCUGAAGUAGGAAACGGUAUAAACAGCCUCUCAGAUUACAGAACUAGCUCUGGUAGAUAA